AUGAGUUCUGAGAUAAUGCAGACGAAUACAGCAGAAGAGGAUGGAUACUCUAAUUUAAAUCACCUGCCACAGCAUCCAGCCAGACACUACAUGUCCCUGAACAUCAACAAAGGACGCUCUCUUCCCUUUGCUGUAUGGUGGCCAGCUAUCUUCACUUUGUUUGCACUGUGCCUGGCCCUCACCAUGGGAAUGAUAGUCCUAGGUCUCAGAGGUUCUAAGGCACCCGCGGAACAUAAUGAAAACUUGCAAGGACUAAAGGAGAGAUUGUGCUUGAUGGGUGAUGCAAACAGUAAGAAUGAUAGAUCCAUAUGUUCACUCUGCCCUGUAAACUGGAAAUGGGUUGGAGGUGAUACCUGUUUCUACUUUUCAGAAAAGGAGGCCACAUGGCAGGAAAGUGAAGACUUCUGCUUCUCCCAGAAUGCCACCCUUCUUACGCUGAAAAGGAAAAGCAAGUUGAUUAGCAUAUCUCAAAUAUCACAAAAACGAUCCUAUUGGAUUGGAUUAUCAUAUGGAGUUGAUGGCUGGUCUUGGAUAGAUGAUACGAAACUUUCUACAAAGAGAAUGGACUGGAUUGAUUUGUCCUCUAAGCAAAACUGUGCAUACCUGUUUUAUCGUAAGCCAAGAGUUUACAGUGAGAAUUGUUAUGAGAAAUACCCCUGGAUCUGUGAGAAGGCAGCAGUCCAGCUGAUCUAA